AUGUUUCAUUUUCUUGAAUAUACAUAUGUAUGUAUGUAUGCUUUAGAAACGAAAAUGAAAUUAAUAGGAAACAAGCAAUAAAGUAACGCGAAAACGGCAAAAGUGAAAAGCCGAGUUAGGAAAAAAAUCAACCCGCUCGUCUUCCUGCAUGCCCACCUGCCAACCAAACACCCCCAUGCCCUUUAUGCUUGCUUACAUAUGUAUGUGUGUACAUUUGUUCGUUUGUCGCACCGCUGAUCGCUCGGCUCUCGUCCCCAUCCAAAGUUUAGGUAGCCGGCCCGGCGACCUCUGCUGCGUAUCAUAACGUUGUAUCGUUGUUUGUUAGUGUGGAGCCCACAAGUCAAAAAACAAACAACUGGGCGAAGACGGGGAGCGAAAGCGUCGUUGCUGUCGCAGCUGCUGUCACUGCCGUUGCUCUGCUACCAGUGGGAAUAAACGAGAAAUUGCGUUUUAUCGCUUGUGCUGAUGAAAUGUGUUUGUUUUUCGGAAAUUUUGCAGCAUUUAAAACUUAUCAAAAACGGAGUUACAACAAAUUUAGUUAAAAUAUGAAAUGUUAUGAGUAAAAGUUCUGAUAUUUUUUAAAUCAAAAAUCAUAAAUUAAAUGUGAAAUGUACCUGCUAUUGAUGAAAAUAAGUAUAUUGAGAAAAUGUCGCGCGUCUUUACUGUAGUUUAUGUAUUUCUUGUUAUGAAAAAAACUUCGUGUUAUGAAAAUAUGGCUUAUUAACAUUAUCUGAACGUUUUGGAAAACAAAUAUCAACAUAAUAAAACAAAUGCAGUACAAAUUUCGUAUGAACAAAUUAUUAUCUUAUCGACAAAUACUAGUUACCUAUUCAACUUGAAACCAAUGGAAGUUUAACAAACAAUAUUGUUAAAAGUGAAACAACAAAUAAAUUCAACAAAUUCGAAAAAAUCGACAACAAUUAACAAAGUAAUUGGCUUAUUAUUAACUCCAAUUGGAAUUGUACCUCAAUUACAGGAACAAUCGAUAAGAUUGUGUCGCUAUAUCUGAAAUAGAUAAAAUAAAGGCCUCAAACUGACACCGACACCGACAAAGAUGUCCACGGAGCGUGAGCUCGCUCCGGGAGGACCAGCACAGCUCCAUACUUUACCUGUCGCUUUCUCAGAUCUCGGAACUACACUACAAUUGAAUACCGCUGUUCGAAUUAUUGGCAAAGUGUAUGAAUCUCAAUGGACACCUUCGCCCCCGCGGCCUCAGAGCCCCACUCAAUCGCAGACCAGUUUCGAAAACCUCACAUCGCCACCAGCUACCGGUUCAUCAGUGAAUCCCACCGCCGUGACCAGCCCGAGUGCGCAAAAUGUGGCCGUUGGAGGCGCAACUGUGGGUGGCGCUGGUGCCGCUGGUCUGGCUACACAAGCCUCCGCAGUCGCCUCGCCAUUGGGUGCGACAGCUGCCGCUUCGCCCACCACGCAACCUGAACUGCCAGUAUUCACGUGUCCGCGCAGGCCAAAUUUGGGACGUGAAGGCCGACCCAUAGUUUUACGCGCCAAUCACUUUCAGGUGUCUAUGCCGCGCGGUUAUGUACAUCACUACGAUAUCAAUAUACAGCCGGACAAGUGUCCGCGCAAAGUGAAUCGCGAAAUCAUAGAGACUAUGGUACAUGCAUACAGCAAAAUAUUCGGUGUUCUAAAGCCAGUAUUUGAUGGACGUAAUAAUUUAUAUACGCGUGACCCGCUUCCCAUCGGUAACGAUCGCUUGGAAUUGGAAGUAACACUACCAGGCGAAGGGAAAGAUCGUAUAUUCCGCGUGACGAUUAAAUGGAUGGCUCAAGUGUCGCUUUUUAAUUUAGAGGAAGCUUUAGAGGGACGUACACGCCAGAUACCAUAUGAUGCAAUACUUGCAUUAGAUGUUGUCAUGAGACAUUUGCCGAGUAUGACCUACACUCCUGUAGGUCGGAGCUUCUUUAGCUCGCCCGAUGGUUACUAUCAUCCCUUGGGUGGUGGCCGUGAAGUUUGGUUUGGUUUUCAUCAAAGUGUGCGUCCUUCCCAAUGGAAAAUGAUGUUAAAUAUUGACGUUUCGGCAACGGCAUUUUAUAAGGCGCAGCCCGUAAUAGAUUUUAUGUGCGAGGUACUCGACAUACGAGAUAUUAACGAGCAAAGAAAACCGCUGACCGAUUCACAGCGCGUGAAAUUUACAAAAGAAAUCAAAGGUCUUAAGAUUGAAAUUACCCAUUGUGGUGCCAUGCGUCGCAAAUAUCGUGUAUGCAAUGUUACACGUCGUCCAGCACAAAUGCAAUCGUUCCCCCUUCAGCUAGAAAAUGGUCAAACUGUUGAGUGUACUGUAGCAAAGUACUUCUUGGAUAAGUAUCGUAUGAAAUUGCGUUAUCCACAUUUGCCAUGUCUUCAGGUAGGACAGGAACAUAAGCAUACAUAUUUACCCUUGGAAGUUUGUAAUAUUGUCGCCGGUCAACGUUGCAUAAAAAAACUCACCGAUAUGCAAACGUCGACAAUGAUUAAAGCUACAGCACGUUCGGCUCCCGAUCGUGAACGUGAAAUCAAUAAUUUAGUUAAAAGAGCCGACUUCAAUAACGAUUCAUAUGUUCAGGAAUUCGGCCUGACCAUUUCGAACUCUAUGAUGGAAGUACGUGGGCGUGUGCUACCACCGCCAAAACUACAAUACGGCGGACGUGUAUCAAGUAUGACUGGACAGCAACUUUUCCCACCCCAAAAUAAGGUCAGCUUGGCUUCACCCAAUCAAGGUGUCUGGGAUAUGCGCGGUAAACAAUUUUUCACCGGCGUGGAAAUUCGUGUUUGGGCUAUCGCCUGUUUUGCACCACAAAGAACCGUGCGUGAAGAUGCUUUGCGAAAUUUUACUCAACAAUUGCAGAAAAUUUCCAACGACGCUGGUAUGCCCAUAAUCGGACAGCCGUGCUUCUGCAAAUACGCCACCGGUCCGGAUCAAGUUGAGCCCAUGUUUAGAUAUUUGAAGAAUUCGUUCAAUGCUCUGCAGUUGGUGGUUGUUGUGCUACCUGGAAAAACACCUGUUUAUGCUGAGGUAAAACGCGUUGGUGACACAGUAUUGGGCAUGGCAACACAGUGUGUUCAGGCUAAGAAUGUUAAUAAAACAUCACCGCAAACUUUGUCAAAUCUUUGCCUCAAGAUUAAUGUGAAAUUGGGUGGCAUCAAUUCCAUAUUGGUACCGUCGAUCCGCCCGAAGGUUUUCAAUGAACCAGUUAUCUUCCUGGGCGCAGAUGUCACCCAUCCACCAGCCGGUGAUAAUAAGAAACCUUCGAUUGCCGCAGUUGUUGGCUCUAUGGAUGCGCAUCCAUCACGCUAUGCCGCUACAGUACGCGUGCAACAGCAUCGUCAGGAGAUUAUACAAGAACUCAGUAGCAUGGUGCGCGAAUUGUUGAUUAUGUUUUACAAAUCCACUGGCGGUUAUAAGCCCCAUCGCAUUAUAUUAUAUCGUGACGGUGUUUCGGAGGGUCAAUUCCCGCACGUCUUGCAACAUGAGUUAACCGCUAUACGCGAGGCGUGCAUUAAACUGGAAGCAGAAUAUCGUCCAGGCAUAACGUUUAUUGUGGUUCAAAAGCGACAUCAUACGCGUCUCUUUUGCGCAGAGAAAAAAGAACAGAGCGGCAAGUCUGGCAACAUACCGGCUGGCACAACAGUGGAUGUCGGUAUAACGCACCCGACCGAAUUCGAUUUUUAUCUUUGCAGUCAUCAAGGCAUACAAGGAACAAGCCGACCUUCGCAUUAUCACGUAUUGUGGGAUGACAAUCAUUUUGAUUCCGAUGAACUCCAAUGUUUGACAUAUCAACUGUGUCACACUUAUGUAAGGUGUACACGCUCCGUGUCGAUACCAGCACCCGCCUACUAUGCCCAUUUAGUAGCUUUCAGAGCUAGAUACCAUCUAGUUGAGAAGGAACACGAUUCAGGCGAAGGAUCUCAUCAAAGCGGUUGCUCUGAAGACCGCACACCUGGCGCAAUGGCACGCGCUAUAACGGUGCAUGCCGACACGAAAAAGGUCAUGUACUUUGCUUAAAGGAACUUUGGAUUCUUUUUUAUUUUUUGAAGCAUACUAUUGUAACAUUAAAAGUGUACUAUAAUACAAUUAGUUAAUAUGGAGAAUUCAUGCUCCGUUCAGUACGCUGAAAUGAGCAACAAUUCAAUAACAACUACAGAUUAGUAAAGAAUGCUAUGGAAAAUAGUUGUUAGGCAAAUAACAACACAAAUCGAUGCAUUAUUUUACUAGAGAUAAGUAUACAAAAUUGUAUAUUAAUUAAAAAUCUGCAACAAGGCUAUGUAGUGAAUACAACGUGCAACUGCAGCAGAACAAUAAGUUGAAAUGAUUUUUUUAACAUACAAUCAAUCAUUGUCUAAGCGAUUCUGUUUCUUCCAACGCUGUUUGUUUUGUUCUUGCUUGGAGUUUACAUUUACAAAUUUCGCAAAUUUUUCAACUUCUUCGCAUAUACUGCGUGGUUUAUAGAAAAGCAAAAUUUUGAAAACGCUAUAAUAAUUCCAAUUUUAUAAAAAAAAGUAAAAUUUUGAAAACGCUAUAAUAAUUCCAAUUUUGCUUUUUUAUAAAUCAUGAAGUACAUACAUAUAUGCGAAGAAGUUGAAAAAUUUGCGAAAUUUGUUUAUAUACAUAUAUACUUUAUUUCUAUUGCUUUCCUAAAUAUAACUAUAACAAUAAUGUUUAUUAAUUUAUGUAAUAUUACACUGUGCUACACAAAUAUGAACCGAUUGUGUCUACUACAUGAAUUCUACAUAUUAACUAAUUGUAUUAUAAUACACUUGUAACCAGCUCUCGACAUACGUUUACUAUGUAUAUAUGUAGUUGGAAUUUUUUAUUAUUUUAAUAUUUGUUUAUAAUAUGAAUAUAAACUAUUUUUAUUUUAUACACGUACAUCUCCCAUAAAGUGAAUAGCUUUAUAAUAAUUCAAAUGUUAAUUCAAUUAUUUUAUAUUUAAUGUAUUAAUUGUGCAACCCUGUUUCUGACGGGUAUCUACAAAAGAAUGCAUUUGUAAUUAAUUGCUGUACCGAUUUGCAUAGUUACCCAAAACUCGAAGUAUCACGAAUAUUCGAAGCUUUCUCAAUGAACUCAAUUGCAUUUCGAUAUAUUUGAAAUGUGUUUUACAAUGGUACAAUUAUUUAAAAUAAAUAAAUAAAAAAAAAACGAAAUACAUAAUUCAUUGUGCUGAUAAAGAAUAAAUUAACUUCCGUUUUAAGUUUGCCACAACACGUCGUCAUCCGUCUCCGCAUUAGUACCUUCCCUGUGUAGUGCAUAUUACACGCAAAUUUACGCUGUAGGUAAAUGUAAACUCCAAGCAAAAACAAAACAAACACAAAGUAACACAAUGUCACUUACGUUUAAUUGAACGUCAAUGAACUUUAAUUUAGUUAAGUCUAGUUUUUAAGCACCUGAGCUGGGCAAUUCUACGCAGCUAUAAUGGCCAAUUUACAUAUAUAUUUCUAUCAAUCAAUUAUAUGUCAAUUAAUUUGCUCGUUUUUCACGAAUUGCACGAAAAUUAGAAAAUCGGAAAACGCAAGUUAGAAACUCAUACAAACAAUUAUAAGCGAAUAACUUUGUACUCAAAACCCACAGUAAAAGGCAACACUCAUACUUAUAUACAUAUUUUGUGUUUUUCGCAUUUAGUAAAGUUAUCAAAUAAGACGUUAAGUUCAAAUACUUCAACAAUGUAUUCCUGGUAAUAUUAUUAUAUUUUCUCAUACUUUUAAGUAUUGCAAAUCUUAUCGUAAUUUCAAAGGAAAAUGUGCCAAAAUUUUGUAUAUUGUAUUGUAAAUCGUUAAAUAGUUUCCAAAAACCAACUCAGAGUAAUUUUGAUUUUCCAAAACUUGUGUGUGUAUUUAUUAUUAUUUGUUUUUGCAUAGUUUCCUGUAAUCUCUUGUGUUAAAUCUCAUGUAUCCAUAUCACAUGCACAUGCACCUGCUCUACACAAUAAAAGUAAAAUGAGUAAAUUUACGAUAUUUAAACGAAUAUGUUUUAACAAUAAUAACUUAAGCAUAAAAAUACAUAAUUACUUACAUACAUACACAUGAUUAUUUCGCAUUAAGUCUUAGUUAUACAAAACUGUAUUUUCGUGUUUGAAACGAGCAGCAGCAGCCGCAGCCGAAGUAACAGAGCUGCUGGCCAUUGGGGCAUUUACAAAGCGCCUGGCAAUUAACAUUUAUAUCAAUUUGUUUAAUGACACAGCUUAAAGUUAACAUUACAUUGUUUUUCUCUCUCUUUAAUUUAAUUUUAUCUAACAACAUUUGAGUAUAUAGUAUAAUAGAAAGCAAAAAACCAAAAACGAAAUAUUAAUUUUAAGCACUUAAAAAAACCGGGAAGCAAAACAAAUACAUAAGCAUACAAAAAAAGAA